CGGCGCUCGGAGCGGGCGGGCGGAGGCGAGUGGGGCUGUGUGGGCCCGGCCCCGCCUCACCAGGUCCAUAAGCUCUGGUUUCUUUGCCGUGUUGUGCUUGGGGACACAGGAAUCAUCUGACCCUGCUGAGCCCCCAGGACUCACAGCCCCAGGAGAGCAGGAGAUAAGUUCCUGUCUGCUGCCCACGGCCUCUGCCCCUGGCUCUGCCCUCCCCGGGCCCAGGCGUCACCAUGUGGCGAUGCCCACCCGAGCUGGUGCUGUUGCUGCUGCUGACUGGCGAGUUGGCCCUGGGCGCUUGGCGGGGCCGCUGGCGCCGGGAGCUAGCUCCCGCCCUGCACCUGAGGGGCAUCAGGGACGCAGGUGGCCGGUACUGCCAGGCGCAGGACUUGUGUUGCCGUGGCCGGGAGGACGAAUGCGCCAUGCCCUACCUGGAUGCCACCUGUUACUGUGACCUCUUCUGCAACCGCACCGUCUCCGACUGCUGCCCUGACUUCUGGGACUUCUGCCUGGGGGUGCCGCCCCCCUUCCCCCCCAUCCCAGGAUGCACGCAUGGAGGACGCCUCUAUCCAGUCUUUGGGACCUACUGGGACAACUGUAACCGUUGCACUUGCCAGGAGAAAGGGCAGUGGGAGUGUGACCAGGAGCCAUGCCUGGUGGACCAAGACAUGAUCAACGCCAUCAACCAGGGCAACUACGGAUGGCGGGCUGGGAACCACAGUGCCUUCUGGGGCAUGACCCUGGAUGAAGGCAUCCGAUACCGCCUGGGCACCAUCCGCCCGUCUUCCUCUGUCACCAACAUGAAUGAAAUUCACACAGUGCUGGGGGCAGGAGAGGUGCUGCCUAGGGCCUUCGAGGCCUCUGAGAAGUGGCCCAACCUGAUCCACGAGCCCCUGGACCAGGGCAACUGCGCAGGCUCUUGGGCCUUCUCCACCGCAGCUGUGGCGUCCGACCGCGUCUCAAUCCAUUCCCUGGGGCACAUGACACCUGUCUUGUCACCCCAGAACCUGCUGUCUUGUGACACCCACAACCAGCAGGGCUGCCACGGCGGGCACCUGGAUGGUGCCUGGUGGUUCCUGCGACGUCGAGGGGUCGUGUCUGACCACUGCUACCCAUUCUCGGGCCGUGAGGGAGACGGGGCUGGCCGAGCACCUCGCUGUAUGAUGCACAGUCGGGCCAUGGGUCGGGGCAAGCGCCAGGCCACUGCCCGCUGCCCCAACAGCCAAGUCCAUGCCAAUGACAUCUACCAGGUCACCCCUGCCUACCGCCUGGGCUCCAGCGAGAAGGAGAUCAUGAAGGAGCUCAUGGAGAAUGGCCCUGUCCAAGCCCUCAUGGAGGUGCACGAGGACUUCUUCCUGUACCAGGGUGGCAUCUACCGUCACACGCCGGUGAGCCUCGGGAGGCCAGAGAAAUACCGCCGGCAGGGGACGCACUCGGUCAAGAUCACAGGGUGGGGCGAGGAGACGCUGCCCGAUGGAAGGACACUCAAAUACUGGACCGCAGCCAACUCCUGGGGUCCAGGCUGGGGAGAAAGGGGCCACUUCCGUAUCGCGCGCGGUGCCAAUGAGUGCGACAUCGAGAGCUUCGUGCUGGGCGUCUGGGGCCGCGUGGGCAUGGAGGACAUGCGUCACCACUGAGGCGGAGGCCCGGCAGCCGGCGGAAGAAUCCGAGUGGAGCGGCGUGGCGGCUCUGCUCCGCCCUCCCACCUGCAGGAGCUGCGGCGCAGCCAGGACAGCGCCCAGGACUGUGUUGAAGCCCCCAGCAGGUUCCGCUGACACAGCGCCCGGCCUGGGAGCCGCGGGCAGGCGAGGCGGGCAGGCUCCCAGCGGGGAAGGACAGGACCUGGCCUGGGAGGAGCGGACCUGCACAUCCCACCGGCGCGACAAACUACUGCACCCCUCCGCGAGAACAGCAAAGCCAGGACACCCCCAAGUCUCCAGCCCCACCACCCUAUCCCACCCCACUCUUGUACUCCUUCUCAGAGUUAUUUAUUUUUCUUUUCACUGUUUUAAAAUAAAACC